AGAAACCAAAAGAGAGACAGUAAUGCAACUUAUCCUCCUGUUGCUGUCUUACACGGAGAGCCGUAGCUUCUGUCAGCCUGAGCUCUAACCAUGGCUUCCUCUGCUGCGCCCUCUUCUCUCAUGCUCUCUUACUCAGCUUCCUCAGUUCUCACGCAGGACCUCACCAACUCCUCUCUUUCCCUUAAGCCUAAACCCCCCUUCUUCUCCCCCUCCUUCAUGUCCGUGUACCCUUUGGUGUCUAGGAGAAGAGAGAGAGAGCUCAGCAAGUGGGUCGACGAUUCCGCACCGAAGCUUGGGCCUUACCAUGUAAUUGUUGCCGCUUUGGCGGCUGAAGCAGAGGUGGUCGAACAAGAGGAAGAGACGGCGGAGGCGGCUGCUGUCGCCGCUUCUUCUCCGAAACCCAAGAAGGGGAAAGCUGCAUUGCCCCUGAAGAGAGACAGAAGAAGGUCUAAGAGAUUCUUGGAAAUUCAAAGACUAAGGGAAAACAAGAAAGAUUAUGACCUGAACACAGCUAUAUCAUUGCUCAAAGAAAUGACAAACACAAAAUUUGUAGAAACAGCUGAAGCCCAUUUCCGCCUCAACAUUGACCCCAAAUAUAAUGAUCAACAGCUUAGGGCAACAGUGAAUUUGCCUAAGGGAACCGGACAGACUGUUAAAGUGGCAGUUCUUACUCAAGGUGAAAAGUUCGAUGAAGCAAAAAGUGCAGGAGCUGAUUUGGUUGGUGGUGAAGAGUUGAUAGAACAGAUAAGAAGGGGUUUCAUGGAUUUCGACAAAUUAAUUGCUUCUCCAGAUAUGAUGCCGAAGGUUGCUAGCUUAGGAAGGAUUUUGGGACCACGAGGACUCAUGCCAAAUCCAAAAGCUGGUACUGUUACCGCUAAUAUCCCUCAGGCUAUAGCAGAAUUCAAGAAGGGCAAAGUUGAAUACAGAGCAGACAAAACUGGGAUUGUUCACUUACCCUUUGGAAAGGCAGACUUUCCAGAGGAAGAUCUUCUUGUUAACUUGGUUGCUGCAGUAAAAUCAGUAGAAGCAAACAAGCCAUCAGGUGCAAAAGGAGUUUAUUGGAAAAGUGCACAUAUAUGCUCGUCAAUGGGGCCUUCCAUCCGGUUAAACAUUAGGGAAAUGCUUGAUUACAAGCUUCCGUUGAAUGUCUAAAGACCAUUAACUACACCUGUAAAUUUUAUCUUCUACCGUAACAUGCUGUUUGGAUAAAAGCUUAGGAUGAAGAAAGAGGGAGACCUUAGAGGGCUCAGUCCUUACCAGAGUUAUUAAGGGAACAUGCAUGGUCUUCACAGUUUACAGUGAGCAAAAUCUUGUAUAACAUUUGUGAUUAAUAUUAUGAAAUUUGUUAUUUGAGUUCUUUUGCAA